AUGACGGGGCAGGGCGAGGAGGACGCGGCUGGAUGGAGUAGAGGGAAAGAGGAGGAGAGGAAGAGAGGAAGAGGAAGAAGAAGAAGAAGAAGAGAAAAACGGCGGAUAAGAAGCAGAAGAAGAGACGAAAGCGACGGAUGGGCGACCAGGUCAGCCUGCAGCAGCAUGGAUAAGCCGAAAUAUUGGGCUUGUUUUGAUGCCCGCUUCCCCACGCCGGCGCAUGUCAGGAUCUCAGCAUGGCUUGACCAGUGGACGGCCGGGGGGUUGUCUGCGAAUGCGACAGGUCAACUUAUCCCUCCAUCGUGCGGGCCGUUUGCUGUUGGGGACCGCCUGGCUGGUGACGGCUGUGCCCCAUGCUGGCCUCGUCUGCUGGGACGGGCCAUAUCUCUACCGCUCUAUGGGGACGCUCUAUAUCUGCGCCGCCGUCCUGCUAUGAGCUUGCACCUCCAUCUCCAGCUACAUCCACAUUUACGGCAGAUAACUAUCUAG